GGAUGAAAUAUGAGCCUAUUAUAAUCUUUCCUAAUAAAUGUUUUUAGACUGGAUCACACUGUAAUUGUAAAGUAGAAAGGAACAAUGGAGAGUAAGACAUCGCCACCAGAACAACCGAAACCUUCGUCUGCAGAGAGAGAGGACGACAAUGUCCAGAGAGUGGCGACCCCACCAUCCGCAAAUGCAGGUGGACUCAGCUGCACUCGGUGCUUCAAAUCCGUCACCCCCAUGACUGACACCUACCCCACGACCAAAACUCACGUUCUUGCUGUUAUAUUAUUCUUCCUUGGACUGCCCUUCUUGGUCUGCUUGCCAUACAUGUUCGACCUGUUUGGAACAAAAAUCAGACGGUGUCCCAACUGCGGAUGUAUCAUUCCUAAUCCUUAAUUCUUGAAUGUGCUCAAAGUAGAGUUAGAAAAAGCCAUACAGUCAUCGAUCGAUAUUAUCCACAAAUCCACAUGAAUAAAUUAUAGCCUUCUUUUUUGGUUUUAUCUACAUUACUUAAAUACAUACAUAUGUAUGUAUGUACAUGCCAAACCCAUUUUGUGAUGAUAAUGCGGUGUGUUUACGAUAUAUCUGAUAUGGUUUGAAAACAAAGCUAUUAAAAUAUUUGCGUAUUUUUUUUAGGAAAAAAGCCAUACUACUUGCAUGCGUGGGUUUCUAAUUGUAUGCAAUUUACCAAUUUCACGUAGUAGUACAGAAAUAAUCAAAACAAAGAAUUGGAAGUGAGACACUUCAACGGCAAACCGCAGGCACACACGCCCGUUUGUUUGGCAUAUCGGUUGCCGGGAGAA